AAAAAAAAAAAAAUCAACUGAAAAUAUCUUAUCUGAGGGAUGACAAAAGAAAUUCUGGGAAGAAGGGUUGACAAGAGAGAAAGAAAGGUUGGUAGAAGAACGUGGAGGGUAGCCAGCUCAGUUCUAUAAUCUAACUCAGAUUUCACAUGCAACAAGUUUCCACAAAAAACAACAUUUCUAUUUUUGCUUCUGUCGUUGUCUGCAACCAUAACCAACAUGCAAUAAAGGAAGUUGGAAAACGAGAAUGAAGAGAGGAUAGGUGGUAACGUACAUGUCCUCUCUUGGUGUCAGUUUGAAUUUGAUUUGCAGAGAGGAAAGUUACGACGAGAAUGGUGAAUGGAGGGUUGGUGGAAGAUGUUGCAGUGAUCGGAGGGUUGAUAGGGGUGCAAUUUGUUUACGCAGGAAACGCUUUGUUGCUCAGUUAUCUUAUGUCUUUGGGCCUCGAAUCUCUUACCAUUGUCACUUUUACUUCCUUUGCUACGUUCCUUAUUCUCUUACCCUUUGCCUUCUAUUUCGAAAGGUGUAAAUGGCCCACCAAAGUUGGUUUCAAGUUGCUUGCACAGCUUUUCUUGCUUGCACUAGGAGGGGUAACACUGUUCCAGUCUCUAUUCCUUAAAGGAAUCAAUCUAACCUCACCAGCAAUGGGAACAGCCAUGCCAAAUCUUGCACCAGGUCUCAUCUUCAUCAUGGCAUGGAUUUUUCGGUUGGAAAAAGUGAAGUUAAGCUGCACAUACAGUAGAGUAAAAAUAAUUGGCACAUUGCUUUGUGUCUUAGGAGCUCUCACACUGAGCAUGAUGCAAAGCAUCUCUGCACCUCCUAAGUCCACUAAAGUGGGAACAAUUCAAUCACCAUCUCCACCAACACAUGUAACAUUUGACAGACACAAGUUAAUCGGUUGUCUCUAUCUUUUGGUCGCAAUCCUCAUAUUGUCAAGCAACAUUGUCCUACAGGCCUUUACUCUAGAAGAUUUUCCUGCACCGAUGUCCUUGUGUUCAAUAACUUGCUUUUUUGGGACAUUCAUGACUAUCGCAGUUCAAUUAAUUGAAGAUCACCAAUUCAAAACUGGUUGGCCUGGUGUGAGUGUCUCAGACAUGAUUGGAUAUUCUCUUCUGGCAGGUGUAGUGAGUGGAAUAUGCCUGACUGUGAAUUGUUGGGCACUUAAAAAAGGUCCAGUGUUGGUGUCCAUGUUCAGCCCUAUUGGCACAGUCUGCUCAGUCAUUUUCUCAGUUGUUACUCUAGGACACACCACCAACAUUGGAAGCUUAGCAGGUAUGUUCCUGAUGUUCACUGGGCUCUACUUUGUGCUUUGGGCCAAAGGGAAAGAAGGUUGCUUUGAGAGUGAAUAUGAUGCAGAGAAGCCUCUUUUAAGUUAACAUUCUUUUCAUAUGUCAAAAGUAGUAUCAUGUAGUAUGUACUUAUUUUAUCCAUAGAAACAGAGUAAAUGAAAUAGAACUUUAUU